AUGUCAUCAUUUGGAUCUCACACCACCCGCGCUACUCGCCGCAACCAUGCUGACAAACGCAUCGCAUCGCAUCCUCUGUUGAAUCUAAGAGCGACACGCCUAAAUCGUCAUUCAGCUUUAAGCAAUUCAAGGCCUGUGGCCCCAAAGAUCUCACUGUCGAGGGCUCUGGACUGGUGGACUGCGGAGCAAAACAGGCGUGGUAACGAUGCAUCCUAUGGACUCUCUUGGGAGGAACUGAAGGAAGUCAUGAUGAAAGAAUUCUGUCCCCCACAUGAACUCCAGAAGCUGGAAAAUGAGUUUUGGGGUAUCAACCAAGAAGGAGGUGAUAAUGCCGGUCUUACCGCCCGCUUUAAGCAGCUCACUAAACCCACCACCAUUGAGGAGACUUACCAACUCGCCGCUGAGAUCAAUGAUAAGCGAGUUUUGGAUGGGUAUUUCAAGUCCUCAAGCAAGAAUCUCCACCAGGUCACCGCUACUCCCGCUCCUGAAACCGCAGCACCUCAAGUCUCGAAGUCUUCACGCCAGAAUUGCAAGCGCAAGGGUAACAACAACAAGAACUGUUCUGUCACUGCCGCUCCUCUCAACGUUGUUCCCGCCCAACCCAACCAGAACCAGAACCAACAAGUAGCCGCACCUGUAACCAACGCACCGCCUUCUAAGCCGAACUGUCGCACUGGUCCUCGUCAGCAAGCUCAAGCUCAAGCUCCUCCUGCACUGCCAGCUCCUCUCCCCACUCCUCAGGGAAACCAAGUAGCUCCUGCUCCCGCUGCUCAUGCACGAGCCUGCUUCGCAUGUGGUGACCCUAACCACUUCGCUAAUGUCUGCCCGAAUCGAGUUGUGAAAAAAGAGCCGCAGCAACCACCACAGCGACAACAUCAAUAG